AUGAGUCCUGUGGUUCCAUUUGCUCUUCGAUUGUCAUCUCAUUUGAUGAUUGGGGUAGUGCGCAUCUAUAGAGAACAGACCAAAGUUGUCUGGACUGAAGUGGCACAGAUGUGGAAGACGUUAAGGAAUGCCUUGGUUUUGAGAACCAGUGAAAUUGAUAUGAUGAAUCCAAUGUUAAGGGAGGAGGUUAUCACAGAUGAUUUGGAUUUCACAAGUGAAUCAUUCCGCGUGGAUCUUGACGUACAUUCUGUAGCACUGAUAGGAUUGGAAGGUUACUUUGUUGUAAAUGGAGACGGACAUCUAAUGCCUUCAGUAUCACCUCCCUUACCAGUGGGACGCUUCAGUCCUCCUAGUAUACCCGGAACUCCGAUGCAAUACGGAAGCCCUGUGUGGCACCCAGAGUGGAGGCCUCCAUCGGGAUCAGAUAAUGAACGAAGCCCGAUUGAAGCCAGGGAAGGCAACAUUAAAAUAGCGGAGGUUGACCAUAUUCGGAUGCGGAUAGACGAACCGAUUAAAAUUCCAGACGAAAUCGACAUAACAGGAGAAGCAUCUUUGCCAGACAUUUACACUUCGGAGGCACCCCUGUCGAAGCAAACUCCUAAAGAACGUGAAAAGAAGAGCGAAAGAAAAGAGCGUUCCCUGCAGCCGAAAGAUGAACAGUCGAAAGAUCAGCAACCAAGGGAGAAAUCUACAACACCCCCUCCCCGCUCCCCUCCCCACUCCCCUCCCCACUCCCCUGCCCUUACAGAGGAUCUGUUAGAUGAUGAACCGUCUGCAACCGAGGUGCUUAUUGUUAAUCAAGAGACAGGAAAAUUAGUACCAAGACUUGAAGCAACUGAAGCUGGGCUGGAGCUGGCUCCCACGACUAUACUAGAGCCUGACAAGGAUCUUGUUGCCAGGGGAUUAGUUACCCCUGGGGUCCCCAUCGAGACUGCGACUCCCUCCCCACCCAGGAAGAGAAGGCGACUGGUUGUGGACCGAAGCACACAGAUUGACCAAGAUGUGAUCAGGCAUAAUGUGGAAACAGGUGGAAGAGAAACCUUGUGUGCACGAGAACUUGUGGAGCAUCCAUUGGUUUCUGCAAAGGAUCUAUUCAUGGCACCGGCGACAGAAGCCAUGAUGGGUGAACCCUUUAUUGACUUAUGGAGAAGGAAUGCUGCCACUAACCCUGAAGAGUAUCGUUCAAGCGAGUCUGAUGUCUCAGAGUGGGACAGCCUGCUACCUCCCGUUGCUGAAAGCUUUCAGGUUCCAAGAGAUAUGGAAACCCCAGCUGAAAAAGAGAUCCUCAGAGAUGAUCCCAAUGCUGAACAAUCUGGAUUGCUUGAGCGCUCUGAAGCUAGUACCAUUGGGUUUACCCCAGAUACAGAUGGCAAAGUAAAAGUCGGGGAAUUUCCAAUUAGUGCCGAUCAAGACAUGGAGCCACCAGAAAUGGAACCAACUGCACCACUGCGAAGACCGUCUUCUUUACUUCGCUCUUCCAUGACUGGACUGUUGUCCCCUAUUCACGAACCGUCCGAUUUCGAUGAAUACAUGGAAGAUAUCGGAGACCUUCCAACUCUUAUGGAGCAAUCUGAAGUCACGCAGUCCCUCGAGGAGCAGACGAGUGAUACUUGGAGGAUGGUAAACGGAGCCAUGCGACUCAGCGACGGGCAAGUCGUGUUCAGGAAUUUAUGUCCUCCACAAUUAACAGAGCGAAAAAGUGCAGCUAAAGUUUUCUACCAUCUACUCGCAUUACACAAGAAUGGAAUAUUUGAACUAAAACAGAGGGAUCCAUACCAGAUGACGAAUAUCUACAUUCAAAAGGGUACAAAUUAUUGA